ACAUGACCUCCAACAUGAGUGUGUCUGGAAAACAGGACUUAAAGAAAGACGAGAGAAUGAUGGAGGGAAAGAGAUCAGACUCACCAGAACACAGCUGUGUGUCCAUAAAGAGUGACCAGUCAAUGGGAAAACCAAUGAACUUCAGAGACAGAGACAGUUCUACUGAUGUGAGACCACAAAAAUCAAACAUCAGCACAAAUCAGCUGGACUCCAUAUUCAAGGAGCUGGAACACAAAGUCAUCACUCUGAUAAAGAAUGAGCUGAAGAGGUUUAGGAAGCUCCUGAGUCCAGAUUACCCAGCAUGCACUGAGAGGGAGGUGGAGGAUGAGGAGGAUCUGCACAAUGUCACAGAGGGAGCGCUGAAGAUCACACUGCACGUCCUGAAGAACAUGAACCACACAGAUCUUGCUAACUCACUGCACAACAAACUCGCCUCUGUGUAUCAGACAAGGUUAAAGUCGAAUCUGAGAGAGAAGUUUAAAAGAAUUAAUGAAGGAAUCUCACAGCAUGGAAGCUCAGCACUUCUGAAUGAGAUCUACACUGAGCUCUACAUCUCAGAGGGUUUGAGUGGAGACGUCAAUAAUGAACAUGAGGUGAGACAGAUUGAGGCAGCAUCCAGGAGACCAGCAACACAGGAGAAACCCAUCAAAUGUAAUGAGAUCUUUAAAGACAAGUCCAUCAGAACUGUGCUGACUAAAGGAGUUGCUGGAAUUGGAAAAACAGUCUCUGUGCAGAAGUUCAUUCUGGACUGGGCUGAAGGAGAAGUAAAUCAGGACGUCACCUUCAUGUUUCCACUUCCCUUUAGAGAGCUGAAUUUGAUGAAGCAGCAAAAUCUCAGUCUGAUGAAACUUCUUCAUCACUUUUUCCCAGAAAUAAGAAAACUAGAAUCAUUGGACUGUGACUUCUACAAAGUGGUGUUGAUCUUUGAUGGUCUGGAUGAGUGUCGACUUCCUCUAAAUUUCCAGAAUGAGAUAUUGUGUGAUGUGACAGAGUCAGCCUCAGUGGAUGUGCUGCUGACGAACCUCAUCAAGGGGAAUCUGCUUCCCUCUGCUCUCCUCUGGAUAACCACAAGACCAGGAGCAGUCAAUCAGAUCCCUCCUGAGUGUGUAGACCAGGUAACAGAGGUACGAGGCUUCAGUGAUCCUCAGAAAGAGAAGUACUUCAGGAAGAGGAUCAGUGAUCAGAGACUGACCAAUAAAAUCAUCAGACACUUGAAGUCUUCAAGAAGCCUCUACAUCAUGUGCCACAUCCCAGUCUUCUGCUGGAUCUCAGCCACUGUUCUAGAGAGAAUGUUGGGUGAAGCAAAGCGUGGAGAGAUCCCCAAGACCCUGACUCAAAUGUUCACACAUUUCCUGAUCUUUCAGAUCAAACACAAGGACCAAAAGUACCAUCAGAAAUGUGACCCUGAUCCUCAGCAGACCAGAGAGACCAUCAUGGCACUGGGAAAACUUGCUUUCCACCAGCUGGAGAAAGGAAACUUGAUCUUCUAUGAGGAAGACCUGAGAGAGUGUGGCAUUGAUGUCAGAGAAGUGUCAGUGUACUCAGGAGUGUGUACCCAGAUCUUCAGAGAGGAGUUUGGGCUUCACCUGGGGAAGGUGUUCAGCUUCGUACAUCUGAGUGUUCAGGAGUUUUUGGCUGCUUUAUACACAUUUCUCUCCGUCAUCAGCAGAAAUAUAACAGAACAUCAAACCUCUCAUCUGUAUGAUCUUUUCAGGAAGUCAAACCUGUCUGAUCUUCUCAGGAGUUCAGUGGACAAGGCCUUACAGAGUGAGAAUGGACACCUGGACCUUUUCCUCCGCUUCCUUCUGGGUCUCUCACUGGACACCAAUCAGACUCUUUUACGAGACUUAAUGCCACAGACAGGAAGCAGAUCUCACAGCAAACAGGAAACAGUGGAGUACAUCAAGGAGAAGAUCAGGGAGAAUCCAUCUCCAGAGAAAUCCAUCAAUCUGUUCCACUGUCUGAAUGAACUGAAUGAUCAUUCUCUAGUGCAGGAAGUACAAACUUUCCUGAACAGAGAUGAUUACAGUCGUUACUCUGGAACCAGACUCUCUCCUGCUCAGUGGUCAGCUCUGGCGUUUGUGUUACUGAACUCAGAGCAGAAGCUGGAUGAGUUUGAUUUGAGGAAAUAUGAUCCAUCAGAUGAAUGUCUUCUGAGGCUGCUGCCAGUGGUCAAAGCCUCCAGAAAAGCUCUUCUGUGUUGGUGUAAUCUGACAGAGGAAAGCUGUAGAGUUCUGUCCUCUGUUCUCAGCUCAAACUCCUCCAGUCUGAGAGAACUGAACCUGAGUCACAAUAAACUGCUGCAGGAUUCAGGAGUGAAGCUGCUCUCUGAUGGACUGAAGAAACCACACUGUACACUGGAGAUACUGAGUCUGUAUGGGUGUAAUCUGACAGAGGAAAGCUGUAGAGUUCUGUCCUCAGUUCUCAGCUCAAACUCCUCCAGUCUGAGAGACCUGGACCUGAGUAACAAUAACCUGCAGGAUUCAGGAGUGAAGCUGCUCUCUGAUGGACUGAACAAUCCACACUGUACACUGGAGAAACUGAGUCUGUGUCAGUGUAAUCUGACAGAGGAAAGCUGUAGAGUUCUGUCCUCAGUUCUCAGCUCAAACUCCUCCAGUCUGAGAGAACUGGACCUGAGUUACAAUAAACUGCUGCAGGAUUCAGGAGUGAAGCUGCUCUCUGAUGGACUGAAGAAUCCACACUGUACACUGGAGAUACUGAGUCUACGUGAGUGUAAUCUGACAGAGGAAAGCUGUAGAGUUCUGUCCUCAGUUCUCAGCUCAAACUCCUCCAGUCUGGGAGAACUGGACAUGAGUGGCAAUAAACUGCAGGAUUCAGGAGUGAAGCUGAUCUCUGAUGGACUGAAGGAUCCACACUGUACACUGGAGAUACUGAGGAUGUGGGGCUGCAGUAUUACAGAUGAAGGUUGUGCUGCUCUGGCUUCAGUACUGAGGUCAAACUCGUCAUCACACAUGAGAGAACUGGAUCUGAACAAUAAUAAACCAGGAGAAUCAGGAGUGAAGCUGCUCUCUGAUCUACUGAAGGAUCCACACUGUAAACUGGAGACACUACAUCUGUAUCAGUGUAAUCUGACAGGGGAAAGCUGUAGAGUUCUGUCCUCAGUUCUCAGCUCAAACUCCUCCAGUCUGAGAGAACUGGAUCUGAGAUACAAUAAACUGCAGGAUUCAGGAGUGAAGCUGCUCUCUGAUGUACUGGAGAAUCCACACUGUACACUGGAGAUUCUGAGUCUUUGGGGGUGUAAUCUGACAGAGGAAAGCUGUAGAGUUCUGUCCUCAGUUCUCAGCUCAAACUCCUCCAGUCUGAGAGAACUGGACCUGAGUUACAAUGAACUGCUGGAUUCAGGAGUGAAGCUGCUCUCUGAUGGACUGAAGAAUCCACACUGUACACUGGAGAUACUGAGGAUGGAGGGCUGCAGUAUUACAGAUGAAGGUUGUGCUGCUCUGGCUUCAGCUCUGAGGUCAAACUCUUCAUCACACCUGAAACAACUGAAUCUGAACUUUAAUAAACCAGAAGAAUCAGGAGUGAAGCUGCUCUCUGAUCUACUGAAGGAUCCACACUGUAAACUGGAGACAAUACACAUUAAGGGUAAUAAACUCACCAGGUCUGGUGUAUGACAGGAGUCUCUCCUCAGACCU